UCUCGACUGCUGAACUGUGUUAGCAACCCUAGUAGGAGAGGGUUCAGGAAACUUUACUACUUGAUGCAUGUAUUCAACGGAAACGUGGAGCUCAAAAUGGCAUACUACAACUUUAUAUUUCGUUCUAGUUCAAAGCUAUAAACCACGACCACUCUUCUAGCUGCUCUCGCCAGUCCGCAUCCACAGCCUUCCUCACCACCAACAUAUAUAUCAACCCUCUACCAACGCCGUCUCUAUGUCACAGCCCAACGACCACCACCACCAACCGGAUGAAAGGGACGAGAUUGAGACAGAAGAAUUCAAAGUUACCGCCGUGAGCCCAGCAGUUAUAGGAAGCGGCCCCGACAUCAAAUCACCACAUCCGUCGCCUACCUUUCCGCACAGAUCUGUGAUCAGGGAUAGCCCAUACAGCUUAGAGCCAGCAAACGAAGCCUCCCAAGAGGACCCCAUAAUGGAUAUACCCUUCCCACCUUCGCUACCUGCGGCUAUGGACAGGAAAUCAUUAUCACAUUCACCUUUCCACUACAACGACGAGGAGGAAUACGUCUCUGACCCCGAGCACCAAUCCGAAGAUUCAGACUGGGACCACCUCUCCGCAGCAGACACACCGCCCACCGGACUGACACAAGAUAUCUACACGCCCACGGACCGAGCAAUCGCGCAGACGCGGCGCCUAGCCAGCACAGCCGUUUCCACCGCCACCGCGGCAGCCACGCAGCUGCCCACGCUGACGCAGCCGUUCCUCGCCGCGGCGCGGAAGCUAUACACGAACCUCACCGCCUCCACAGCGCCCGUCGACCCGCGCGACCUCCGCGCCAUCCUGCCUGCUCCAUACCCAUCGCAGCGGACUAUCCGCACGCUCGAGGCCCGCGGCCUGAUACGAGCCCCGCUGUACCAUCCCGCGCUGGAGCGCAUCUUUGCAACGAUCAGCGUGGCGGCGAUGAAGUUGUAUCCACUGUGGAUGCGGCGCGACGGCGGGGGGUGGUUGUUGUAUUUUUUUGGGAGCGAGGGGGAGAGGUGGUGCGGGUGGAUCGUCGCCACGGGGAAUGGAGAGCAGUGCUGGUGUGCGGAUCGGGAGGGGUUUAGGGAGUGGGUUAAGGGGGGGUUGGGCAGGGGACGCAAGGCGCCUACUGGGAGGGGGUGGAAGGCGAAGGUGGAGGCGCUCGGAGAGGAACUGGAAGGCGUGGAUUGGGGGGAGGGAUGGGUUUGGUAGUGGGGUUGCGGAUGUAUGUGAUGUGAGGCUUGUGAUGUUGCCGCGAAGAGUACGAAUCCCACCCACUCGACCCGCAGUCCGUAAACCCCUUCGGCUGCUUUUUGGUUUUGGUUUUUUGCUCAGAUAUGGAGUCUCUGUUCUUGGUUGCAACGAUAUAGGAUUAAUAUUUUAAGGUUAUGCAUUUGGGUUUGGAUAAAACGGGAGUAGUGGGCGUUGAUGGGUGCAUGUGUGGCUGAAGAAUUUGUACGCCAUAAUGACGGUACAAUCACGAAUAGGCCCGG